CCGAAGGUCAAGAAAUUGCUCUGUUGGGCGUCCGGGGAGUGGUAAAGUAAAGCACUUUUUGUAUCACGCCCCUCCCACGUCACGUGACCACGCGGGGCGGAAAGAAGAAAUCCGAGGACCAGGCGACGCCUAGAACAGAACAGUUCUUCCUGGCACUAUGUGCUUGAGAGGGUGCAAGAGGAACGUGUUGAUGAAGAGAGUCAAAUUCAGCAAGGCGCGGUGGCUCAUGCCUGUAAUCCCAGCACUUUGGGAGGCCAAGGAGCCCAUGAUGCUGCCCAAACCUGGGACCUAUUACCUCCCCUGGGAGGUUAGUGCAGGCCAAGUUCCUGAUGGGAGCACACUGAGAACAUUUGGCAGGUUGUGCCUCUAUGACAUGAUCCAGUCCAGAGUAACACUGAUGGCUCAGCACGGAUCUGAUCAGCACCAGGUUCUUGUCUGUACCAAGUUGGUGGAGCCCUUCCACGCCCAAGUGGGCUCCCUGUACGUCGUCCUUGGGGAGCUCCAGCAUCAGCAGGACAGAGGCUCCGUGGUGAAGGCGCGCGUGCUGACCUGUGUGGAGGGGAUGAACCUGCCCUUGUUGGAACAAGCCAUCCGGGAGCAGAGGCUGUACAAGCAGGAGCGGGGCGGCGGCCAGUAGGAAACAGCAGCCCAGCAACACCCUCACCUGCUUCCGAGCCCAAACCCUCUGGAGCUGCGGGAGCCCUGGAGGGCACAGACGCCUCCCCAGCAACGGCCUUGUCUGGAGCCCGAAAGCAGAGGGGCGGGUGGUGAAUCCAGCCCUUUCUGCUGCUUUGGGAUUGGCUCAGCAAUGAGAGCCCAGAAAGCAUGCCAUAAAUCCGACAGCCCCACCCUGGGAGACUGCAGGUGGCCGAGCUUGGGCUCUGGGCCGUGCUUGGUGUGGGGCCAUGGAGGGUUCCAGAAGGUCCUGGUGAAUAAAGGCCCAGGGGGCGUGCUCUCAAA